AGCCGUUUUGGCUUCAGCCUGUUGGGCUCUUGGAUCGCGCUGGCUUGCAGCGCGCCUAGCUCAUCGGAUACCGAACCACCCGUUUCUGCCCAGAUGUCGGUGGCGCUGCUGCUGAUACUCUCCGCUCCCCUGGCCCAUGCCGUCGGCCUGAGCGUCAGGAGCGAGACCGACCGAAGCGCCGCCGCGCGUGCCCGGGUGGAGGCCUUGGCUGCCUCGGCGGAGGCCAUGCAGUAUUUCCGCAGGCUCGAGUCCGCAUCGGCCAGGAGGCCGGUGCUCGUGCCGCCGGGGGACGUCCGCAGGGCGGAGGUCUCCAGGCCGUCCGGCGAGCGCCGCUCCAGCCUCCUGGGCCUGGACGCGAGCAGGGCGCACAGGGUGACGGCAGAGUUCCAGCCCUCGGCGGAGUUCCAGGCCGAGGGCGGGACGGACGCGUCGGGGCGGCAGUCGCAGGGGUACAGCCAGGGCUCCGAGCUGCCGUGGGGCGUCGGGUCUCCCCGGGCUGGCGACUCGCUGCCGGUGGCCCACUACUCGGCCAUGCCCUUCAUCGACUUCCCCAAGGAGAUCGAGUACAGCCUGGAGACGGGCGACAACGUCCAGAGCUUCAGCAGCGCUUCGCAGGACAUCAAGCUCAUCACGCAGGUGCUGGAAAACAUCACCAACGGCUUCUACCUGGACUCCAACGGGGCAGAUGGUGAGAAGAACAGCAACACGCUCUUGCUCGAGCUCACGGGCUGGCGCGGCCUGAUCUUAGAGCCCCGCGUGUACGAGUUUGUGAACUUGUGGGGCAAGUUUCGGAAGGCGUGGUUGUUUCUUGGGGCCAUGUCCCCCAACGAGAACGCCACGAAGAUCGGAUUCGCCCAGGACGGCACGAUCGACAUGUUGAGCGGGCACAAGAUCCAUGCCUACGCCUUGCCGAGGUUUAUGGAAGAGAUGGGCGGCCGGCGAAGCAUCGACUUCUGGAGCCUGAGCACUGGUGGGUACGAGGCGGAGGUCCUCAACGAGACCUUGCUUCACUCGGGGAAGAACAUUGAGAUCGGCGUCAUCCUGGUCAAGUUCGACGGCCGUCGCACGGGCCGUGGCGAUCAGUCUUUCGUUCAAGCUAGGUCCAAGGACGACACCGAAGAGCUCGUCUUUGAGAUCCUGCACAACGCCAGCUUCCAGUACAUCGGAGGUCUGGAUGCGUACUGGAUCAACCACGUCGAGCCGCGCUUCCACUACAAGGACGCUGUGUUCGUGAAUCCCUCAUACUUCCAGGCACGCGGCAUCCCGACCCCGCAGUCGGUCAAGGCGGCGCCCCCUCCCCCGCUGGGCCAUCCCCUGGACGACCAGGACUGGCCCGGCUUCAGCACCUGGGACUCGGGCUACUCCGCCGACGAGGAGGUCGAGAGGAUAGUGGCCUACAUGGAGAAGGCGAAACGGGACGCCACCGCAUCGGAACCAGCGCCGAAAGCCCACCGCGUGGAGGUGACGAGGCUGGUGGAAUUCCAGUAGGCGGGCGGCGCGUCGCCUCCCUCCACUCGGGCCUGCCCGCGGCGAGUGGCGCCCGCGCCCGCGGCGACGCGCGCCCGCGGCCGCCGCCGAGGGCCCAGCACGCCGCCGCGCUCCAGCCAGCGCGGGCACCUGUGCGUUUUGUUACCGGUGCGUCUUGGCACCUGUGCGCCUGGGCACCAGUGCGCUCUUAUUUUCAUACGUCGGACGACCACCAUUUGUUUUCAGGGUGCUUCCCCCCAUUGCUGCGUCCUAGCCGUGCUACAGGGUUCUGUUGGCGAUGUCCUUUCUGAUGAUAUUUCGCGUGGUGCCAGAGAGCGCGCUCGCUUGAUGGUGGCAAUGUGCUUGUAGCAAAUUGUUGAAGGUCUGGGAAGCUGCCCUCUGCUUUGCGCAGCUUUCUAGACCUCCAGCCCGCGUCAUCCGCUCACGACGCAGGGCCUCGUGGCUCUUCGACUGGUCCCCGAGAGGCAGCUCUUCGCCGCGAGCAUCCGUGGUCAAAGUCUUGCUCAAUCCAGC